AUGGGAGAAGGUUUCAUGGCCAAGGACAUUGGAUUUGAGAACACAGCAGGUGCUGCAAAGCAUCAAGCAGUGGCACUAAGGGUGCAAUCUGAUAUGUCAAUCUUCUACAACUGCCAAAUGGAUGGGUACCAAGACACCCUUUACGUCCACACCCACCGCCAAUUCUACAGCAAAUGCACUAUCUCCGGCACCAUCGACUUCAUCUUCGGCGACGCCGCAGUUAUCUUCCAGAACUGCAAAAUGGUAAUAAGGAAACCAAUGGACAACCAACAGAACAUCGUGACAGCCCAAGGCAGGGCAUAUGAGCGUGAACCCACCGGAAUCGUCCUCCAAGGCUGCACCAUUACGGCCGACCCAGCUCUGGUACCAUUCAAGGAUAAGAACCCUUCAUACCUGGGUCGCCCAUGGAAGCAAUUCUCCAGAACCAUAGUGAUGCAGACCCAUAUCGAUGAUGUGAUCAGCCCAAAUGGGUGGCUACCAUGGAUGGGCGACUUUGCUCUCAGCUCUUGCUUUUAUGCUGAGUACAGCAACAAAGGUGUUGGUGCCAAUGACACCAAGAGGGUCAAGUGGCCCUGCAUCAAGACUCCCCUAACCAAUGAACAGGCUCUGGAAUUUACUGCUAGUAAAUUCAUCCAAGGUGAUCAAUGGAUCACCCCUACCGGAGUUCCCUAUGCCUCCGGUCUCUCCCCCAUUUGA